GCUAAACCUCGGUAACCAGCAGGGCUUUUGGCUUAAAAGCACAGCAAGCUAUCGAUGCCCGUUUACUCACUUCCACUGGAGUAAAAGCAGAAAAAUGGGGCUCUGGGAUUACAUUUCUUCAACAGCCAAUUCAGUGAAUCAAAAUGCCAUAAAGCCUCUCAACAACUUCGGCUUCACCUCUUUUUCUUACGCCUCUGAUGCUUUUACCAAGGUCAGGAGCGCCGCAGUUCAAAACCUAAGCCACAGCCUGCACGACCACGAUACUCGAUCUAAGAUGGGCCAAUUUGCCACCAACUUCGCAAAGAACACUGCUCUUUUGGCCUGUCGCGAAGGUCUCAAAAUUUUUCCUGGUGGAGGUCCAUUUGUGGAUAUUAUCACACGAUCAAUGCCUGAAUACAAGACGAUAAAGAAUCAUAAAAAGGAAGAGAUAAUGGAAUUGAAGUCGGAAGUAGAAGAUCAAAAGGAAAAGAUAAAGAAAUUGCAAGCUUUAGUGGACAAAAUGGGGAAAUAACUCAGCAGUUUUAAAAGAGAGUUUAAUCAGGCAGAUAUGCAGCAUGAGCUGGAUACAAAUGUAGAAUAAGCAGGUAAAAACUGAGUUGCUGCAGUAGCAAGAAUCAGAACUUUAAUGAAUGGCAAUAUAUAUUUAUCCAUCUUUCA